GUCGGCAUUGCUGUUUAUGCAGGCAUUUUCGUGGAUUAUGGGAGCGACAACUGCGAGCGGCACAUUCUGGCUGCCUUCUCACGAGCCUCAUCAGGAAACUGUGGGCAACAAGUUAGUGGAUCAACUAUCAUCGGUGUCAACUAGCGGCACAAAUUGGCUGCCUUUCGACGGAAGUUAUCAGGAGCCGGUGAGCAACGCCUGGAUGGCUCGUCCAUCAUCAGUGACGUCAUCAACACCUCGCCUAGAAAAGGAGCAGCCCAACCAAGGAACCCUCAGAGGGCACGGCACAUGACCUGCAGGCAACAUGUCUAAGUCGGCAUUGCUGUUUAUGCAGGCAUUUUCGUGGAUAAUGGGAGCGACAACUGCGAGCGGCACAUUCUGGCUACCUCCUCACGAGCCUCAUCAGGAAACUGUGAGCAACAAGUGGGUGGUUCAACUAUCAUCGGUGUCAACUAGCGGCACAAAUUGGCUGCCUUUCGACGGAAGUUAUCAGGACCCGGUGAGCAACGCCUGGAUGGCUCGUCCAUCAUCAGUGACGUCAUCAACACCUCGCCUAGAAAAGGAGCAGCCCAACCAAGGAACCCUCAGAGGGCACGGCACAUGGCCUGCAGGCAACAUGUCUAAGUCGGCAUUGCUGUUUAUGCAGGUUCGUUACUUCUCAAAUACUGCAUGUUAUCGUAGCGACAAUCGAUUUUUGUUAGUAUUGCCGUACCCUCACACUUGUAUUGCUUGUGUCAUUGAUUGCUGGUCUGCAGUGUUGAUGCUUUUAAAGUCUGGUGAUGUUGAGGAAAACCCGGGGCCAAAGACAGCUGAGAUGUUAGAGCAAAUUUUAGAAAAACAGAUAGCAUCCGAAACUAAAAUAGAUGCUAUGAGGGAAGAAAUAUCCGAUUUAGGUAUUAAAACUGAAAAGUUGUCGGGCUAUCUGAAAGUGAUUGAAGAAAUGAGUGAGCGAAUUAGCAGCCUGGAAAUUAUAGUUCGGCAACAAGAACAGAAGUUAAUUGAUUACGAAAACAGGAGUAGACGUAAUAAUCUACUUGUUUUCGGCCUACCUGAAGAUUCUGGUGAAACCGAGUCAGAGCUGACGGAAGCUGUUGUUCAUAAACUUUUUGAUGCAAAAUUGGGUAUUAAAGUCAAAUCCGUUGACCGAAUUCACCGGCUCGGCAAGCGAAAACCUAACAGCUCAAGACCGGUCAUCAUGAAUUUUUACGAUCACCGUGAAAAGGAACACGUGCUAAAAAACUGUGGAAAGUUAAAAGGGACUACCAUUAGUGUCAGCAAUGAUUACGCGAAGGAAACCGUUUACGCUAGGAAAAUGUUAUGGCAAAGCUGCGAAAGCGAAAGGGCAAAGGGAGCAAAAGUGAAGUUGAUUCAUGACAAGCUGAAAGUGAACGGUGCGCUUUAUCAGUGGGAUCAGAAACGAAACAUUCGUAGUCAAUGCAAGCAACAAAAAGAUAAAAAGGAACGUAACCAAGACUCUGCAACUUCCGCUCAUCGUAGCUCAAGUGUGCCAGAAUUGACAGAUCCAAGUGGCAUAAAAUCAUCUGGUACGGCGCGAUCAUAGCUAAGAAUUCUUUCACUGAAUGCACGAAGCAUUGUAAAUAAAGCAACCGAUUUAGAAUUCCUGUUGAUUGCAUACAGCCCCCAUGUUGUAGUCUUAACGGAGACAUGGUUGAAUAAUGCUAUAACGGAUAACUGUGUCCUACCACCAGGAUACAGGAUUUUCCGAUGGGACAGGGACACCCGAGGUGGUGGUGUGGCGCUGAUAAUUAAAAAUAACGUAGCGGCAAUAACAGUACAUCGCCACUUGCCGGAAACAGUGUGGUGCAAGGUGAAUUACGCUAAUUAUACACAUCUCAUUGGAGCCGUUUACAGACCACCCGGAAGUCCACCUGAGUUUUUAGAAGAAUUAAAUAUGUUUUUGUGUGAUCAUGUAAAUGAAAACACAAGACUGAUGAUGGCUGGUGACUUUAAUUUACCGCAUAUAAAUUGGGCAAGCUUUUCAACUGGUCACGUGGAAACCCGUAGUGCAGAUGGGUUAUUAGAGCUGAUGUUUUCUCAUAAUCUCACACAAAUCGUAAAAGAUUGCACACGAAUUACCCCUACGUCACAGGCAUUGUUGGACUUGGUUUUCAUAUCAAGUAAAGUGACUGAUUAUGCCGUAUCAGUUGAAGACGGCAUAUCAGACCAGAAAAUGGUUGUGGUUGACGUGUUUUUUGACACCGGCUUUCGAGCGAAGCGUCAUGCGUAUGGACAUAUCAAAGAUUACGGUCGUGCUGAUGAUACGACCAUCCUGGACUUUUUAGAAAUGUCGCUUGGCGAGUUUGAGAACGAAUCAAAACACGAGUCCGUUGAACAGCUCUGGAAACGUUUUAAAGAAAUUAUUAGGUACUGCUCGGAUAACUUCAUACCCACUCGCGUUAAAAAAACAAAACGAAGAAAUCCAUGGAUAAGUAGGAAAAUAAUUCACAUGAAGCGUAAAAUAAAAAGGUUGCGCAGGACUGAUAAGGCCUCGACAGAAAUGUCAUGUGUCAAGAAAAACUUGAAAGUAGAGAUUGCGCAAUCCAAGGAACAUUUUUUUAAAUAACACACUCACUAACUUUCUAAAGAACUCACCUCGUAAGUUUUGGCUGUUUUUCAAGGAAGCGAAUGAAGGAAUUGAUCUUAUAGUAGAUGGAAAAGAAGUAAUCACAGAAAAGUCAGAUAUAGCUGGAAGACUCAAUCAAUUUUUCCAAUCGGUUUUCUGUAAGGACCAGGGGGACAACGAAGAAUAUGAAUCGGGUACUACAGUGACACUUCAGGAAGAUGACAUAAAUAUUACACGAGAAGGCAUCUUCAAUCAACUACUUCUUUUAGAUACAAAAAAGUUAUGUGGACCUGACGGUAUACCGAAUCAAUUUUUGCGACGGUUUGCGGAGUGGCUGUCGUACUACCUAGAGAUUAUUUUUAAGAAAUCAUUAAAAAGCCACACGUUACCUCAAGACUG